GCAGCAGCGCCAGAGCGUGGCGGCAGGGCACAGCGUGAAGGCACACGGGCCGGAGGGACACAGCAAACUGCACAUCAAAUAGCAAGGGCUGAUGCACACUGAAGAUGAAGCGGAGCCUCUUUCCUUGUGCAUUAUUCUGCUAUGUCACUCUGCUGAACUGGAAAAGUGCAGUGAUGCUCGAGUGCAGCGAACAGGAAUUUGAAGACAAUGGUCAAUGUGUCCCCUGUCUUCACUGUCCUCCAGGACAUGAGCCUGACCAGGAAUGUGGUUACGGAAAAGGCAUCAAAAUGAGCUGUAGAAGCUGUUUGCCGUUCACCUUUUCAAUGACCUAUGGCUCUGGGUCUUGCAAGCCUCACACAGACUGUGCCAAUUUGAAGAGGAGUUAUGUCCAUCUGGGGACAGCAACUGAAGAUGCUUUGUGUGGGCACUGUUUGCCAGGGUAUUACACUGUAGCUGAAGGACUUUCUGAAGUGGGGGAAUGCCUACCAUGUUCUUCUGCUCCAAGAGGAACCAUGGCAUGUGCAGGUGUGUAUUCUCGACUUUUGCGUGUGGCAAGGGACAUCCGGACUGCACAUCAAGCGAAUGUCUCAAAGUCUUCCAACGCCAGCAAGAAGGGGACGCAGGAGGGGAUGCACACUGAAUAUGCUGUGUUAGCAUUGGUGCCGGUCUUCUGCAUUGUAGGAUUGCUUGGAAUUCUCGUCUGCAAUUUCUUGAAGAAGAAGGGGUAUCGCUGCACCUCAGAGAAAGAAGCUGAUGAGGAGAGCUCCACUGCGAAACUUGCAGCUAUGAAUGAAGAUUCCUUCAGAUCUGAUGAAACAAACGAAGACACCAUUGGAGUUCUGGUGCGGCUGAUCACAGAGAAAAAAGAAAACGCUGCGGCCUUGGAUGAGAUGUUGAGGGAGUACGAGAGGAAGGAAGGAGUCACCAAGGACAACAUGGCAGAAAUCACCAACAAGAACGUGUCAGACAAGUUUGCUCCCUUGUUAACCUUUCCCAAACUCUGCAAACACCAUCAUGUUCACACUGUGCAGACCUCAGCAACCCUGCUGGGAUCCAGCUGUACCCGCUGCAGUCAAAAGAAGUGGCCGGAGCUUCUGAAGAAUCCAACAGUACGGAAUGCCACAAAACCUGUCAGGAUGGGAACGCGGAAUAGUAGGUCUGGUGAGAUCACCAUCUUAUCUAUUGGCAGAUUCCGUGUGGCUCAAAUUCCUGAGCAGAAGCAGAAUUUAAUCGAUGAGCAAGUCCUACCUGCGUUAAAUGGCUCUGAUUCAAUCGAAACAUCGUGUAAUGAGCCCGUGGAUCGUAAAUCUCUGCUGGGCAGUGUCUUUAUAAAAUGCCCAAAAGAUCAGCAAGAGGUUGGUGACUGACUUUGUUGCAGAUGGUGAAGAGAUUCGCAAGGCACUUGAAUGUCAGUUGAAGCACCAGUGGGAUGUACAUCUCUUGUUCGAAGAUUAUCAAACAUAAAAUCUUCUCCCAAAUGUUCUAUACUAUAUGUGGCAAAAUGAGAGGAUGUAGGAUUAAUCCAUAUGCUGGCUGGGAACUUGCAAAUAAAGCCCAGUGUAAAGAUGAGCACAACUCAUUUUUAAAGUUGAGUCUCCAAGGACAAUCUCAGCUGAAAUAUCCAACCUCUGAAACACUACGCACUGCCUGUUAGUUUACAUCCUUUGUAUGUCCUUUUUAAACUCUUUAAUUUGUCCCUUGGAGAACACUAAAGUUACAAACUUGAAAGCUUCACUGAAAGCUGUGGUUUGUCAGGUUUUUUACUUUGCAUGGAGGAUCCACUUGAUGACAAAGUUGCAUGUCCAUUUUUUUUAAAAACUUGCCGUUUGAGGGCAAACAGAGCCAUCUUGUGGAACUGAAUCUAAAAUGCUUCCUACUGUACUACUGAGCCACACAGUGAAUAAGGUUAAGGCUUGCUAUUUUUAUGACCUAAACGUUGUAAUGAUAGUAAUGAGAAACAAGAGAAAUUGUAAUUAAUUCUUAUUUUUUAAAAAUGUGUUUUAAUUCGACAACCAACACAAGACAGAAUUUUGAAU